AUGACUGUCAGACCGCCGUUGACACCGUUCGGAUCAGCACUCGCUGGCGCGCUAGGUGCUGUCUUUUCAAAUGCUGCUGUCUAUCCCUUGGACACAGUCAAGACUCGCCUGCAAGCCCUACCAGCCAGCGCAAUCGAGGCACCCGUAGUCAGCUCGGAGGCUGCCAGGUCACAAAAGCGGAACGGCAAUAUACUGCUCCGCCUGCCCAACGCACUGCUGAGACGGCUGCGGAAAUGGCAGAUGCUCACCAUGCUCAUCCGGAUCUUGCGGACGGAGGGGUUGACCGGGGCAUUCAAGGGCUUCACGGCGAAUAUGCUGAACACAUUCUCCAUGCAAUUCGCCUACUUCUUCUUCCACACCUACCUCCGUACCGCCUACAUCACUCGCCAAACCCGUCUCGCCCGCCCGACCAGCCUCUCUACCCCCGCCGAGCUCGGUCUAGGCGCAGCCGCCGGUGCGCUCGCUCAGAUCUUCACUAUCCCCGUAGCGGUCAUUGCGACCCGCCAGCAACUCUGGGUACCUGCGGUCGGAUCAGCCAAGAACGUCAAGGAGCCAAACUUCAUCGAGACGGCUCGGGAGGUCAUUGCUGAGGGAGGUGUAUCGGCAUUGUGGACGGGUUUGAGACCAGGACUGGUCCUCACCGUCAACCCGGCCAUCACGUAUGGUGUAUUUGAGCGUUUGAAGACCUGGAGAUUGGCCGAGAAGGGCGUAGGAGCCAAGUUGGGCGUGGCGGAGGCGUUCUGGUGCGGCGUGUUGAGCAAGACCUUGGCCACGGUGGUGACAUACCCCUACAUCUUUGCGAAGGUACGGUUGCAAGCAAGACCUACGCCCAAGCCGAUCGCCGGCCAAACAUCCGGUACCGACGAUGCCUCAUACGCAGCUAUCGCCUCUGCUGAGCCGGCCGAGGGCUCUGCAGUGGUCGGACCAGAAGGAGAGCCCCACGAGAAGGUCGUGCACCGGCCCAUCCAUCCCGCUCACGCCACGGUGGACCAGCGCGGAGCGAUCAGUCUCCUCACCUCGGUGUACAGGGAGAAGGGAUUGGCGGGAUGGUACCAGGGUCUCGGGGCGCAGAUCACCAAGGCUGUUCUCUGCCAGGGUAUUCUCUUUGUCUCGAAGGACCAGUUUGAGGGCCAUGCUGCGCUCAUCCUAGAGUUCCUCUCGCGCUUGAGAUCGCGAGUAUGA